AUGACUAACGCGCAAAAGCGUAAAUUAUGGGAGAUCGUCAAUAUCAACUCUAAUGCAUCUCAUCCUUCUCAUGAGCAGAAGAGACGACGCGAACUCGACACUCCGGAAACCCAGGACUCCCCAAUAGAUCAACAAUACACGAUUGGAUUGAUCUGUGCCUUACAGUGCGAGUAUGAUGCUCUGUGUCGAAUGUUAUGUGAAGAAUUUGAUAACCCAGAAGGAGUUGACAUUAGUGACAACAAUACCUAUGUCUUUGGACGUAUUGAGAGUCACCAUGUCGUUAUCGGAUGCCUUCCAACGGGCAGACAAGGGAACAACACGGCAGCUAGGGUUGCAAGAGACAUGGUACGCUCAUUCCCUAACCUUCGAUUUGCCUUAUUGGUUGGAAUAGGAGCGGCGGCGCCCACGGCUCGAAACGAUAUUCGACUUGGAGACGUCGUGGUCAGCGUGCCAAAUGGCAGGUCUUCUGGAGUCGUCAAAUAUGAUCUUGGAAAAAGGCUGUCAGGUAAUCGCUUUGAACUUACUUCCCAGCUCAACGCCCCUCCGGAGAUACUAUUGGGGCUACUCACCGAGAUCCGGCGGCGUCAUAAGGAUCCCACGAAGAAAGACGUAAUCAUGGAACAUAUGAAGAGAAUGGAUGAUAUGUCUGACUAUCGACGCCCUGCCAUUGACAUCCUAUAUGCUGCAGACCAUGAUCACCAAGGACGCGUCGCGGGUAAAUGCGACCAGACUUGCGGGACAGAGGCCAGAAUCAUUCGUCCACAGCGACAAGGUAGCAGACAAUUGGAAAUUCAUUACGGAACCAUUGCAUCUGGAGACUCAGUUAUCAAAGAUCCGGCUUUCAGAGAUCAAUUAUCAGCUGACCCGAACUACAAUAUAUUGUGCUUCGAAAUGGAAGCUGCUGGGCUUAUGAAUAAUUUUCCAUGUCUAGUCAUCCGUGGAAUCUCAGACUACGCCGAUUCCCACAAGAACGAUGAUUGGCAAAAUUAUGCUGCAUUGGCUGCUGCUGCAUUCUCCAGGCAUCUCCUUACCCUUCUCAAACCUAGUAAAGUUGUCGUCAUGGAUCGCUGGUUUUCCAGGAUUGAAACGAAUAUUCGAAAUAUCCAUAACGAAGUGAAGCAACUCCGCUCGCAUAUUGAGCAAGACAAACUUUUCCACUGGCUCAGACCGACUGAUGCGUCUCAAAACUACACUAGAGCUAUAGAGACACGACAGCCAGGAACAUCAACCUGGGUUCUGGAGCAUGAGAAGUUCUUGAGAUGGAAGUCCAAAAAAGGAUCAUUCCUUUGGAUAUCAGGUAUAGCAGGCAGCGGCAAGACAAUUCUCGCAUCCUCUAUAAUUGAGCACAUUGCCCAAUUGACGCCAGCUUGCAAUGCUAUGUCAUCCAUGACUGCAUUGAUCUAUUUCUAUUUUGACUUUUCUGACUGCCAGAAACAAACUCAUCGCUCUAUGAUUAAUUCGUUCAUUUGGCAGAUAUCAAGCCAGGCAAGCCAGCCGUCGCCUGUUUUAAACCAGGUUUUCCAUUUGUGUCACGAUGGACACAUUGAGCCUUCAACCAGACAGCUAUACGAGAUACUACAUGACUUUUUGGAAAGUUUCACUGAUGUUUAUAUUGUAAUCGACGCUCAAGACGAGACCACAGACCCGGCAAAAACAUUACACUUCAUAAGCUCUGUCUUUGAUCGAGGGAAAGACAAAGUCCAUAUUUUAGUCACCAGCCGAGGGGAGAACGAGCUGAAUACUUACCUGAAACAUCUAUCCAAUGAUUGGAGCAGAUUAGGUUUGAAGAAGCAACCAAUAAAUCGUGACAUUGCCCAUUACAUACGACACAGACUUCAAUCCGACCCCGAGUUAGAAAGAUGGAGAAAGAUGCCAGGCCUCCGACUUUCAAUUGAAAGGGGGAUACUUACAAAGUCUGACGGAAUGUUCCGACUAGCCGUUUGCCAUCUCGACGACUUGAAACAGAAUCUGAAUGUAGAAAUGCUUAAGAGAACAUUGAACUCAUUACCACAGAGCCUGGAGGAGACAUACACUAAAAUCAUAUCAAGCAUUGAUACCAGCCACAAAAGGUAUACUCUGCAGGUACUUCAAUGGCUUGUAUACGCAAAGAGACCGCCAUCAAUUGCAGAACUGGUCGAAGUUCUUGCUGUUGACACCGAGAAGAAGGAACAACGCCCUUUUUUUGAUAUCAAAAAUCGAUUUCCCAAUCCUCACGACAUCCUGAAAAUCUGCUCUAACCUCAUUGUGGUUGAGGCUGAUGUCUGGGACCAUCCUGGCUCGGAGAAAGUCAAAUUGUCGCAUGCGUCGGUGCGAGACUAUCUUGUUUCAGAAGAAUUCAAGGCCCGUUUCGGUGAUAUAAUGCAGGCAGAUAAUGCAAAUGCUGAGAUUGCAUCAGUAUGUCUUGGCUAUCUUUUGGAGCUCGAGAACGUCGAAUCUUCUACUUUGAAUGAAAAGGGGGAUAUAUCAUUGCCAUUGAUGUCGUACGCAACGAGAUACUGGUAUCAUCAUGCUCGAUGCGCACCAGAAGGAAUAAAGACAAUGAACCUGUUGACUGUAGACUUUUUUCUGAAUAAGAAAAGGGCAUUUACUAAUUGGGUUCGAUUAUACGAAGUCUCACGCUCACCCCAACUACCAUAUCCAGAGGCAACUGAUGCGUUGUACUACGCGUCCUUGACCGGGACAGAAGAAUGUGUCAAACUAUUGCUUGAAAAGGGACAUAGCCCCAAUGAGUUUGCAUCAAAUGGCGAAACACCUCUCGAACCCGCCGUGCAGGGAGGGUUUGAGAAUAUUGUGGUCACCUUGCUCCAACACGGAGCAAAUCCUGAUUUUCUCCCGCUAUACAAAUCUCAUAGCUCCAUGGCGCCACUUAAGAUAGCUGUUCAAAACGGACAUACGUCUAUUGUGCGGCACUUACUAGAUGCCGGCGCAGAUCCCAAUAUUCGACAGCCAGGCCAUGAUAUAACUGCAUCGGCGUUGGAAAUAGCGAUACUCACGAAGAGGACAAACAUCGUCGAGCUACUAUUAGAAUAUGGAGCAAAUCCGAAUACCGCCUUGAUUCAUAAGAAUAACCAAUAUGCACUCCAGCUACUAUCCAGAGAAGGCAAUUUACCGCUAGUCCGGCUUUUGCUUGAGAAAGGAGCAAAUCCAUGUGGGGGUGAUUACAAGAACUAUCAUCCUACUCCCCUCGAAGAAGCUCUGUACAAUGGCGAUAAGCAGAUUGCAAAGCUACUUUUAGACCACGGGGCAAUGAGAAGGGGAAGCAACAGGAUAAACAUUCUUGAUAAUCUGGAUGAGGAUGGGUUUGAAAAGGUCAAAAGCUACCUAGAGACCAACUCAUAUCAUGGCAACUACGACUUGAUUGAACUCCUUCUGGAUAGUAGUCUUGGAUCCUCGGAAAAAUAUCGGGACUUGCAUGGUGUUGCGCUUUGGAUGGCUGCUAGCCAGGGACAUGUUCGAGUUGUUGCGCUACUUGUUGAUCGAUGCCGGGUAAUACCGAGAAAAUUUGUCGUCCUGGCUAGACAAUGGACUCCAGAGACAUGUCAAGAUCAGAUAUUUUCCUUAUUAGAUAGGGUGGAUGAGUGUAUAUACUAA